UUGGCGUUUAUGGCCACCCUGCUCAUGAAACGAGCCGCUACAAUCUCUUGGUUUACCACGUAACUUUGGCUGAACAAGAGUUCUUUGAUGAGCAAAAUCCACCCAACAGUUUUGAGGAAACUCCAAAUUCAAAGGGUGUGAAAAAGUCAAUCGUGCUCACAUUCCUGUGGACCCUGCUAGAACAAUUCUUUCAAGUUUUAUUCUGAAACGAUCUAGAGGAGAAGCUGAGGGGUCAAAAUGUUGGAAUACGAGAAUCAAAUGUUCCUGGAGGCCCUUCAAGAGGACGGAUUGAUGAUUGUUGCAAAAGGACUUGGCCUCGAAACUGUUUUCGCAAAUAUCCUCAAAGUCUAUUUGGAUCCUGGAAAUUUGGUCCUGGUUCUUGGCACCACUGACCGGGACGAGGAAUAUUUUGUCAACCAGUUAUCAACAAUGGGUGUAACUACAAUGCCAAAAAUCAUUUCCGCCCAAAUUACGUCGAACGAACGUGAACUGACCUACUUGGACGGUGGAGUUCUAUUCAUAUCCGGACGAAUCCUAGUCGUCGAUUUGUUGAAAAAACGUGUUCCUUUGGACCUAGUCACCGGCAUACUCGUUUAUCGUGCUCAGGGCAUCCUAAAUUCUUACCAAGAGGCAUUUGCACUUCGUUUGUAUAGGCAAGCUAACAGGACUGGUUUCAUUAAAGCUUUUACAAAUUCAGCACUGGCUUUCACCGUUGGAUUUGCUCAAGUCGAGCGAGUCAUGAAAGCUUUGUUUGUUAAGAAUCUCUACCUUUGGCCACGUUAUCACUCCAUCGUCAAUAACAGUCUGUCAAAGAAUAAGCCUGAAGUUAUCGAGCUACACGUGAAACUGACGCAAAAAAUGUUGAACGUUCAAACUUGUUUGUUGGAUGUGAUGAACGUAAUUGUGAAGGAAUUGAAGAGUCUUAACAAAUACCUCGAUCUCGAUGAAUUGAACGUCGAAAAUGCUAUUUCGAAGAAAUUUCACAAGCAACUGCAGACUCAACUCGAUCCUAUUUGGCACCAACUGAGCGGUGCGACGAAACAGUUGGUUGCCGAUCUCAAGUACAUGGGCGCUUUGUUAACCCGUUUGAUAUACGAGGAUUGCGUGUCUUUUUACGUGAUGCUAAAUCAAUUGAGGAGCAUGGAUUAUGCAAUGAAAAACACUGGUUGGCUCGUUCUCGACGUAGUUGACGAUCUUUUCCGUCACGCGAAGAGCCGUAUUUACAACGUCAAAGAUGAAUUAAAACCAGAAGCCAGCCCAAAAUGGUCGGCUCUAUCGGAAAUCCUCGCUGAGAUUCGGACCGAAAUGAACAAAUCGAAAGAACUCAAGGAAAACGAAAAGAAAAUUCUCAUUCUCGUUUCCGAUGGAAACACGUGUUAUCAGCUGAAAAAUUAUUUAGUUAUGGGAGCCGGCGGAUUUUUGCUUUACGAGGCUAUGAGAAAAUUGAAACACACUUCGAUUAAAAAAUCCAGUAAUCAAAAGGAAACUGAAAGCAAGUCCGAACCAUCGCCUCCGGUGGAAGAAGAAAUUAUAGAAAAUCACGAAAGCUACGUCCUCACGUAUUCGCAAAAACCGGUUGAAAAUGUUGACGAAAAUGAUAAGAGCUUCAACGCUUUUGAAGAAUGUUCGCAAGUAGCAGGAGACGAUACAACGAUUCUCGAAACAACGGAGCCAGUGGUUCUUAUUCAUUCGCUCAAGAGAUCGGGUGACCCAAUGGCGCUUCAAAGAACACUCAGCGAAGUGGUACCAUCCUAUGUCGUAAUGUACGGCGCCGACGUUUCGGCAAUAAGACAAUUGGAGGUUUAUCAAAACAACAAUCCGUCGAUAAAUUUGAAAAUAUAUUUUUUGGUUUACGGCGGUUCGGUUGAGGAGCAAGGUUAUCUGACGUCGUUGCGACGAGAAAAAGAAGCUUUUGAAAAGCUGAUCAAAACGAAGGCGACGAUGGUGAUUCCGAGUGAUCAAGACGGCAAAUCGGAAGCUCUGACGCAUGGACCAUCCAUUGAAAGUGAAGGAAACUCUCGGAAAGGUGGAUUGGAAGGGAGUGCGGAGAAUGUGGCGAACAAAGUUAUCGUCGACAUUCGUGAAUUCAGGAGUGAAUUGCCCGCUCUUUUGCACAAACGUGGAAUCGAAAUCGAACCUGUUACCAUCAUCGUCGGCGAUUAUAUUCUAUCACCGGAGAUCUGUGUCGAACGCAAAAGUAUCUCCGAUCUUAUAAUGUCUCUGAAUUCGGGGAGAUUGUACAAUCAGGCCGUCUCGAUGACUCGAUAUUAUACCAAACCGAUGCUUCUCAUCGAAUUCGAUCAAAAUAAAUCAUUCUGCCUCCAAGGCAAUUAUUACGUUAGUAAAGACAUGAAAAGCUCCGAUAUCACGGCUAAACUGCAAUUGCUCACAAUGCACUUUCCGAAAUUGAAGCUCAUCUGGUCUCCCAGCCCCCAAGCUACUGCUCAACUCUUCGAGGAAUUGAAACAAGGCAGAGCCCAACCAGAUUCUCAAGUAGCAGCUCAAAUUGGCUUGGACGACGAUGUAGAUGACAAAAGAGUAAUGGUCGAAAAAUACAAUCCAAACAUACAAAAUCUCGUUUCCAAACUUCCGGGAGUACAUUCGAAAAACUUACGUGCUAUUUUGAACAAAGGAGUUUCACUCGAUGGGCUCGUCAAAAUGACUAAGGAUGAAUUGGCGGCGAUAAUAAGCAACAAAACCGAUGCAAACGCGUUAUAUGCGGCGCUCCAUGAGAAAAAGAAGGCAGAAGAAGCUUCGUCGUCGUCGACAAAUCGACCGGUCUCGAAAUUUCGUACACGAGGUUUAUUUACCUCGAAAAAAUCAUAGAAAAUACAAAUAUCAAUACUCCGCAGGACAAAAA